AUGCCUCGAGGAGGCGGGGACGAGGACGACCUCUACGCCGUCCUGGGCGUGCCCCCGGACGCGUCCGCGGACGCGAUCCGCAAGGCGUAUCGUAAAGCCGCGGUGAAGUGGCACCCGGACAAGAACCCGGGGAACCAAGAGCAAGCGGAGUCGAUGUUCAAGCGCGUCGCCGCGGCGUACGAGAUCCUGUGCGACGACUCGAAGCGCGCGGCGUACGACCGGUACGGCAUGGCGGGUUCUACCACGACCCGUUCGAGGUCUUCCGCCACGCGUUCGGAGGCCGCGAUCCGUUCGUCGGCGGCGGAGGCGGCGGGUACAGCAAGAGCGUGUCGUCCUCGACGACCAUCGUGAACGGGCAGCGCGUGACGAAGACG